GAGGAAGGGGGGCAGGAGAAAAAAGCUUUUCCGAAAAAGUAUUGGCUGUCUUGAGGAAUGCGGUCGCCCCCUUGGGAAAGUACAUAUCUGGGAGCAGCAGGCGGCUCCGCGCUUGCACUCCGGCUCCUCCGCCCGACCGCGCGCUCGCCAGACCGCUCCUGCCGCAGCCCCAGGGCCCCUCGCCGCCGCCACCAUGGACGCCAUCAAGAAGAAGAUGCAGAUGCUGAAGCUCGACAAGGAGAACGCCUUGGAUCGAGCUGAGCAGGCGGAAGCCGACAAGAAGGCGGCGGAAGACAGAAGCAAGCAGCUGGAAGAUGAGCUGGUGUCGCUGCAAAAGAAACUCAAGGGCACCGAAGAUGAACUGGACAAAUACUCUGAGGCUCUCAAAGAUGCCCAGGAGAAGCUGGAGCUGGCAGAGAAAAAGGCCACUGAUGCUGAAGCCGACGUAGCUUCUCUGAACAGACGCAUCCAGCUGGUUGAGGAAGAGUUGGAUCGUGCCCAGGAGCGUCUGGCAACAGCUUUGCAGAAGCUGGAGGAAGCUGAGAAGGCAGCAGAUGAGAGUGAGAGAGGCAUGAAAGUCAUUGAAAGUCGAGCCCAAAAGGAUGAAGAAAAAAUGGAAAUUCAGGAGAUCCAACUGAAAGAGGCCAAGCACAUUGCUGAAGAUGCCGACCGCAAAUAUGAAGAGGUGGCCCGUAAGCUCGUCAUCAUUGAGAGCGACCUGGAACGUGCAGAGGAGCGGGCUGAGCUCUCAGAAGGCAAAUGUGCCGAGCUUGAAGAAGAAUUGAAAACUGUGACGAACAACUUGAAGUCACUGGAGGCUCAGGCUGAGAAGUACUCGCAGAAGGAAGACAAAUAUGAGGAAGAGAUCAAGGUCCUUUCCGACAAGCUGAAGGAGGCUGAGACUCGGGCUGAGUUUGCGGAGAGGUCAGUAACUAAAUUGGAGAAAAGCAUUGAUGACUUAGAAGAUCAACUCUACCAGCAACUUGAGCAAAACCGCCGCCUCACUAAUGAACUAAAGCUGGCCCUGAAUGAGGAUUAAACUUAAGAGUGAAAAAACUUGGGCUGAAUUCUAGGAGUGGAGCCCACGUGCAGAAAAUCUAAGACUGUCCUACCUUCAACUAAUAGAGUUGAAAACCGUUGCUUUCUGCAGAAAUGCAAAUGCAAGGAAUUGGCUGAAAGUCCGGCCUUGCCUGCAUUUUCCUCUAUAUGGCUGGAAUAAUUAUGUUCUCUUUAAUCACAAAACAGCUUUUAUGGUAAAAUACUUAUUCAAUUCAGCACCCCUCUUUGAAAUAGCAGGUCCUCUUGUUUGAACUGAUAAUGAGGACCCCCCCCCAAAUUUUCUAUUUCCCACUGACAGCCGUGAGUCCUGCUUUAAGUAUAUAUAUAUAUGUGUGUGUGUGUGUGUGUGUAUUCCUAUUACAUAUUCAUAUUCCUAACAUAAAUAUCUGGUAUAGCAUCUGAAAUAUGAUUAAAUGUACCUAUGCUUGGGCAAAAUAGCUUUUGAAAACAGGAACUCAUGCCAGAAGCCCCUGGUUGUCUGAAAGGUAGGCUUUAUUCAGUCUAAUGGUGCUGUUGGAGUCUGGGGAGAAUGUCAUGCUAUUAAUAAGUAGAACAUUAUAAAAAUAAUAAAGGAAUGUCCUAAUGAAGUGUGCAUGAAACAUGUUGGUAUUUUUUUUUUUAUGAGCAACAGAAAUACAUCAUUUUAAAAGUUCUCAGAAAACCUAUUUGUCAUCUUUGUUUUUGUGAGUUUGUGUUACUGCACAACUCCCACUUUUAACUGCCUGUACCUCGGAAAUGUCUGCUGUUAGUAACUUCUCCAGUUUGUAUAGCAAUGCUGCAGCUGUAUUUGGUUUUUACCUCUCCCUGUUCCCAUGGCACAGUCAGUGAACCUUCACCAAACCCCAUGUGCAUUUUAUCUUCAUAGUGAAUUGUUGGUGGAGGUGCACCCGACUGCUCUAUGAGAAUCCAUUCCAUGGCUCCUUUGGGUCAAAGACAUCCUCCCCCCGACUUAGAUUCUUGUCUAGAAAUGAGUAAUGUCUUACAAGCAUGCCUAGUUCUAAUCAUCUCAUCCUGUGUUUGUGAUUGAUGUUUGCCUGCCUAAAUGUACAAACCACCAUUGUGUCCAAAGCACAGCUAUUCAUAACUUAAUUUUCUAAUCCCACCACAGAGAAAGUGGCUCAUGCCAAAGAAGAAAACCUUAGUAUGCAUCAGAUGCUGGAUCAGACUUUACUGGAGUUAAACAACAUGUGAAACCUCCUUAGCUGCGACCACAUUCUUUCAUUUUGUUUCUGUUUUGUUUUUAAACAACUGCUUACCCCUUAAAUGCAUUUUUAUUUACUUUUACCACUGUCACAGAAACAUCCACAAAAUACCAGCUAGGUCAGGGGGUGGGGAAAACACACACAAAAAGGCAAACCCAUGUCAGGGCGAUAAUGGUUUAAAUGUGCCAUUUCCCAGGUUGAUGUUGCCACACUUUGUAGAGUUUAGCAACACAGUAUGCUGAGUCAGCGUAGGAAUCCUCACUAAAGCAGAAGUAGUUCCGUUCAAAGUGCCAAUGAUAGAGUCAACAGGAAGAUUAAUGUUGGAAACACAAUCAGGUGUGGAUUGGUGCUACUUUAAACAAAAGGUCCCCCUGUGGUCUUUUGUUCAAUAUUGUACAAUGUAGAACUCUGUCCAACGCUAAUUUAUUUUGUCCUGAGUUUUACUACGAGAUGAGACUGUGGAUCCCGCAUGCCUGAAUUCACUAAAGCCUAGGGUCUGUAAGCCACGCUGCUCUUCUGAGACUUCCAUUCCUUUCUGAUUGGCACACGUGCAGCUCAUGACAGUCCAUAGGAUAAUAAUGAGUGUGGAUUUCCACUCUUUUCAGUUUCUUCAUGUUAAAGUGAAAGAUUUAGACACUACAUAAAAUUGGUAAAGGACAUUUUCUUGAGAGUUAUAACUAUAUGUAAACAUUGUAUAAUGAUAUGGAAUAAAAUGCACAUUGUAGGACAUUUUCUAAA